UAUGCCUGAUUGGUUGCAUGAUUUCUCCCGUGUUUCCUGUUUUUACCAGUGAGCUCAAAUGGACCUUUGAACUCGGUUGAGGUUUUAGAAAGUUGCGGGGGAAAUGGAAGAAGUAACUGGGGCACAAAUUAUUGCCGAAGCUCUCAGGGUUCAAAAUGUGGAGUACAUGUUUGGAAUUGUUGGUGUUCCAGUCAUAGAGGUUGCGAUGGCUGCUCAAGCUGCAGGCAUAAAAUAUGUGGGCAUGCGGAAUGAGCAGGCGGCCUGCUAUGCCGCACAAGCUAUUGGGUACCUCACAGGACGUCCAGCAGUGUGUCUGGUGGUGUCUGGGCCUGGGCUUAUCCAUGCGUUUGGGGGGAUGGCCAAUGCCAACGUGAACUGCUGGCCGGUGCUGGUUAUCGGAGGCUCUUCGGAUCAAAACCAGGAAACCAUGGGGGCCUUUCAGGAGUUCCCUCAGGUGGAAGCCUGCCGAUUGUACAGCAAGUUUUCUGCCAGACCCAGCAGCCUGGAGGCCAUACCUUCUGUGAUUGAAAAGGCGUUUCGAAGCAGCACAUAUGGCCGCCCUGGCGCCUGCUACAUCGACAUUUCAGGGGACAUGGUAAACGCUAGAGUGGACCGAGACAGAGUGAGAUUUGUGUCCUGCUGCCCACCUCCUCCUGUGAGUCUGGCUGAGCCCUCCGCCGUUGGGGAUGCAGCCUCUGUGCUGAAGGAGGCCAAGCGGCCGCUUCUCAUCAUCGGCAAAGGUGCAGCCUAUGGACAGGCAGAGAGAGAGAUCAAAGAGCUAGUGGAAUUGUGUGGGCUGCCCUUCCUGCCCACUCCCAUGGGUAAAGGGGUGCUUCCUGAUGAUCACCCUAACUGUGUGGCUGCAGCUCGAUCCAGGGCCCUGCUUCAGGCAGAUGUCAUCGUGCUCCUUGGUGCAAGACUCAACUGGAUCCUGCACUUCGGUCUUCCCCCGCGAUUUCACCCCCAGGUCAAGAUCAUCCAGGUUGACCUUUGUGCUGAGGAGAUGGGGAACAACGUCAGACCCAUAGCUGCACUGCUGGGAGAUAUCCGUGCUGUUGUCAGUCAGCUGCUGGGAUGUUUUCGAAAAGAGGUAUGGAAAUAUCCCUCUGAUACGGACUGGUGGAAGACACUCAGGGAGAAGAUGGCUGCCAACGCAGAGAUAUCCAAGGGGUUGGCUCUGCGGCAGGCGCUCCCCAUGAACUACUACACGGUGUUUCACCACGUGGCCCAGCUCCUGCCCCGAGACUGUGUCAUAGUCAGCGAGGGGGCCAACACCAUGGACAUCGGCCGGACCCUGCUCCACAACUACCUCCCACGGCACAGGCUGGAUGCCGGCACGUUUGGAACCAUGGGCGUGGGUCUUGGCUUUGCCAUCGCGGCGGCGGUGUUGGAGAGGGACCGGCGCAGCGGGCAUCGGGUGGUCUGUGUGGAGGGGGACAGUGCCUUCGGCUUCUCCGGCAUGGAGGUGGAGACUAUGUGCAGAUACAAACUGCCCGUGAUCAUCAUCGUGGUCAACAACAAUGGCAUAUACAGUGGUGUGGACCCAGACACAUGGAGAGAGUUGGAGAAGAUGGGAGACCUGACCACUGUAGCGCCGCCCGUUACACUGCUGCCUGAUGCCCGCUAUGAUGAGGUCAUGGCUGCCUUCGGGGGGCGGGGCUUCUUGGUGCGGACGCAGGAGGAGCUGAGGAGUGCCCUGGAGCUCAGUCUGCAAGACUGGGAGAGACCCAGCCUCCUUAAUGUCCUCAUUGACCCCGCCUCCGACAGGAAGCAGCAGGAAUUUUCCUGGCUGACCCGCUCCAAUUUAUAAAUGCAGGAGAAGAGGGUGUCGGCUGGAGGAUCCAGAAGCAGAGGAAUCCACAGUCUGCAGCCUAUGCAGGAUAGAGCAGAAUCAAAGGGUGCUCUGCAUCAGUGUUUCUCAGUCCCAGCUGUACAAAAUAAGUAAUUGUACCUUACUGAACCCGUGUUCAGCAGUUGUCUACGAUCAUGAAAAUGUACGUCGCUUUGGAUAAAAGCGUCUGCCAAAUGAAUGUAAUGUAAUGUGUGAACUGCUGUUCAGAAAUGGCUUUAACCAAUAUUUAGCUUAAAACAGUUACAAUGUACCGCCAGGCACCCAAGGGUGAGAAACACUAUUGUCUAUAAUACUUGCCAUUCUGUUUUCAGAAGGUUACAAUCACUAUAUUUUGAUGUUUUGAAAGUACACUAGCUGAAGUAUAUUUCUAUGAACUAUAUUGUGUCCCACCACUUG